CCCCGUUACAGGCUCGCGUCGGCUAAAUUGCAGAGCGGCAGCAGUUGCAGGGGCCGCCCCCUCUCCGCGUUGGACGCCGCGAAGCAGAAGCAGAGCAUCGGGAGCCCCCGCGGAGGUGGGAUCCUUCGGUCUGCCCGCGAGCCCCGCUUUGCAAACCGACCAGGCGCCGCCAUCCGAGAUGAGGGCAUCUUUUGCCGUGCUGCUGGCCGCCUGCCUCUGUGUGGAAAGAGCUUUCUCGCUGGUAUGCUGGUCAUGUGAUGGAGCGGAAUCCAACUGGGGCUGCUGGAGGUGGCAAAUUUGUUCAGAUUCAGACAAUUAUUGUGUAACAACCUAUGUUGGUGCAGGAAUUGGUGAAUAUUCUACACAGUCAAUCAGCAAAGGGUGUGCUCCCAUCUGCCCGCAUAUGGGGAUCAACAUUGGUGUUGCAGCGACAUCUGUGAGCUGCUGUUCGUCUUUCUUAUGCAAUAUCAGCGGAGCCACCAGUGUCGCAACUAACCACCUGGUCUUGGCUGUUUCUAUGCUGGCCAGCUUCUUCUAUCUGUUUGGCCCCAGGCUGUGAUUUCAAGAAAUAUGAUUUCAGUUCAAGAAAUGAAUUGCCUCGCCCUUCUCUGGCGAGAAGCCAAAAAGUGAUUGCAAAAAUUGUAUAUUUUCAAUGGCAUUUAACUCCAUUGCUUUUAACUCAACAAAUCUUUGUCUCUGCGUUUUGUAUUGGGCUUAGAGGAGAGGGUCUUUUUUGGGGGGUGGGGUGGGGAUGUUUUGUAUGACAACACUGCCCUCUUGAGGCUGCAGAGAUUCAUGCAUAUCUCAAUCAGAAACUGCAGGUUGUUGAAGAGAAUCUUGCACCAAAUAAAGACAGCGGUCCCCAGAACAAAAUCUUCCUAAUCCCUAUGGCAGGAUUUAAAUCAUUCCAGGGACUUUAAGCAGUGUUCUGCAUGUUGGGUCAUCAGUAGGAAAAAUCUGGACAAGAUGGGGGGGGGAAUAACACCUGACAAGAUCUUUUUUUUGUAAACUGUUGAUUUGAAUCCAGUAUUUUGCUAGUUACAUUUUACAUAAAAAGUAAUACUAUGUGCACGGUUUGCCAUGUGUGGGAUAUGAAUCCAGCUUUUUGUGUGUUACAUUUUACAUAAAAAGUUAACCCUGUACAUGAUUUGGCAAUGUAUGUAUGCUUCAACAUUUUCUUUUCUUUUGCUUUCUGAACUUGAAUAAACAUGGAUUGGUUCUUA